CACAGAGCUGAGUUUGACAGGAAAGAGGAGAUACGAACAUUGUAGCUAGCUAGUGCAAGAGCUUGUGCCGUUUCAGGACUGAAGUAGCCUGAAAGUAGGAAAUCAGUCUAACUACCUAAACGAUUGAGAAUAGCUAACAUAUUACGGAUAGACCGAUCUUUUAGAGGAACAUAUUUCCCGUUCAUUACAAUGGGGUUAUGAUAGCUAGACAGAGGUCUAGUAUCAGCGGACCGAGUGAUGGAAUAACGCUAGCAAACUCCAUUGCGAUUCAUUCCGUGGCACCUUCUACAGCGUCAGAAACCAUAUUCAUAAUUGGCUUGAAAAGUUGCAUCAGACCGUCAAUAUACAUUUCGUAAGGAACGCCUAUACAGAGUAGAAACGGCUAAACCGAGGUCUGAGAUCGAGUUGACCGGCAUGCGGGCCUUCGCCUGAUGCUGGGGAACGGGACGUUGGAGCGGACCCUCGGAAGGCAUGGAGCCCUGUGCUGAGUCCCAGAUCCAGGUGGAACCCGACAGAACUUCGCUGUCUUAAUGCCCGGAGAUGACCUGCAACCUUUGACCCCGAGCAGGAUGAGUCAGCGGCAAGGGAAGGAGGGGCUAGCCGCUCCCGGCAAGGACCUCCUGAGCAGCCCCUCCCUCAGCUCCGGGGUCAGCUACAGCCACGGUUUCGACAGGGGGAAAGAGGACAUCCUGCAGCUCAAAGAGGAAACCUCGAUAUCCAAGAGCAAGUCUGAGACCAAGCUUUUCAAUGGGUCGGACAAGGACAUCUCCGCAGCGGGGAAACUCGCCAAGAAGGAAUCGCUCAAGGUCCAGAAGAAGAACUACAGGGAGGAGAAGAAGAGGGCGACCAAGGAGCUGCUCAGCACCAUCACUGACCCCUCCGUCAUCGUCAUGGCCGACUGGCUCAAGAUCCGGGGGACGCUGAAGAGCUGGACCAAGCUGUGGUGCGUGCUGAAGCCGGGCGUCCUGCUCAUCUACAAGACCAACAAGAACGGGCAGUGGGUGGGGACGGUGCUGCUCAACGCCUGCGAGCUCAUCGAGCGCCCCUCCAAAAAGGACGGCUUCUGCUUCAAGCUCUUCCACCCGCUGGAGCAGUCCAUCUGGGCCGUCAAGGGUCCCAAGGGGGAGGCCGUGGGCUCCAUCACACAACCAUUACCCAGCAGCCACCUCAUCUUCCGCGCUGCCUCCGAGUCUGAUGGCCGGUGUUGGAUGGAUGCGUUGGAGCUGGCCCUGAAGUGCUCUGGCCUGUUGAAGCGCACCAUGAUCCGGGAGGGGAAGGAGGAGCUGGGGGCGGAGCCACACUCCCACGUCAACUUCUACAGCCUCAUCCGCGCCAACAACCUGCAGGGUCCUGAGGGCUUCCAGUUCGGCGACGGCGACCACUUCAAGGAGCCGGACCUGUACUCGGACAAGUCGGACCGGGAGAACGAGCCGGAGCACGAGGAGUCGGACAACGAGGGCCCGGAGAAGAGCGAGGAGAGCGACAGCGACACGUCGGAGCGGCAGGACGACUCGUACGCGGACGUGGACCCCAACGAGACGCUGCGCGAGACGCCGUACCUGGAGCAGUCCCACGAGGAGCUGGGGGAGGCGGGCGAAGCCUCUCAAACAGAGACUGUGUCGGAGGAGAACAAGUCCCUGAUCUGGACCCUGCUGAAGCAGGUCAGGCCCGGGAUGGACCUGUCCAAAGUGGUCCUGCCCACCUUCAUCCUGGAGCCGCGCUCCUUCCUGGACAAGCUGUCCGACUACUACUACCACGCCGACUUCCUGUCUGAGGCCGCCGUGGAGGAGAACCCCUACAACCGCAUGAAGAAAGUGGUGAAGUGGUACCUGUCUGGAUUUUACAAAAAGCCGAAGGGCCUGAAGAAGCCGUACAACCCCAUCAUCGGAGAGACCUUCCGCUGCAUGUGGCUCCACACCAAGACCAACAGCAAGACCUUCUACAUCUCUGAGCAGGUUUCCCAUCAUCCUCCGGUGUCGGCCUUCUACGUGAGCAACAGGAAGGACGGCUUCUGCCUCAGCGGCAGCAUCCUGGCCAAGUCAAAGUUUUAUGGAAACUCCCUGUCGGCCAUACUGGAUGGAGAAGCUCGGCUAACGUUCCUUAACAGAGGGGAGGACUACGUCAUGAACAUGCCGUACGCUCACUGUAAAGGGAUCCUGUAUGGCACCAUGACCCUGGAGCUGGCCGGCCAGAUCACCAUCGCCUGCGAGAAGACGGGCUACAGCUCUCAGCUGGAGUUCAAGCUGAAGCCGUUCUUAGGCAGCGAUGACAGCGUCAAUCAAAUCGCAGGGAAGAUCAAACUGGGGAAGGAGGUUCUGGCCACUCUGGAAGGCCAUUGGGACAGCGAGAUCUUCAUCAACGAUAAGAAGACGGGCGUGGUGGAGACGUUCUGGAACCCCCUGCCCGAGCUGCGGCAGAGCCGGCUGACCCGCUGCACUGUCCCGCCCGAAGAGCAGGGCGACUUCGAGUCCGAAAAGCUGUGGCAGCACGUGACGCGGGCCAUCAACAACAAGGACCAGACGGAGGCCACCAAUGAGAAGUUCGUCCUGGAGGAGGCGCAGAGGAAGUCCGCGCGCGAGCGCAAGUCCAAGGGCGAGGAGUGGACCUCUGCGCUGUUCGAGCAGGACCCCAUCACCGGAGAGUGGCACUACAGAUACGCAGACACCCGGCCGUGGGACCCGCUGAACGACAUGGUUCAGUUCGAGAAAGACGGCUGCAUCCAGACGCAGGUCCGCCACCGCACCCCGAUGGUACGUUCUGCCAGUGUAAUUAGUCUCAGUAACCAGGGUUCCCGGAGGGACAAUUGCAAACGGCAGGUCUCUGUCCCCAAACGCAAACACAAGCAGAGCGACAAGCCCGCCAGCCCGGAGAGCGGCUGCUCCUCGCCCGAGCUCGACCGCCACGACUCCUCCGGCAGCGAGAGACACAAAAGCAAGCACAGCAGCCGGUUGAGGAAAAAGGGGACGGACUUCAGUGAGCUUCAGAGCGCCAUCGAGUCCAUAAAGAAAACGCAGGAGGACAUCAACAGGAGCAUCUCCGUGCUGCGCAGCCGGGCGGCGGCCUUGCAGGCGCCGUCGGAGGGUGGAGUCCUGCAGCACCGCGACUACGCCAUCAUCGCCCUCCUCGUCUUCGUCCAGAUCUUCAUCAACCUCCUCUUCAAGUAGGGCCCUGGGCGGCCUGCUCGGACCUGAACAGGGACCUCGGGGUGAGGGGUGGGGGGUUAGGGGGGUGGGGUGGUGCCCCCUGGAGCCUCGACCAUCCCACCCCCCCCCACCCCCCCGCUUGGGUUGAGCCCCCUUUCACGGAUUUGCAUAAACUCACCUUGUGGAGCUGCAGACGUACCCCCCCCCCCCCCUCCUGCAGGGCUUAAAGCUACUGGUCAGUUAACAUUUAAUUUCUUACAGCGUCCAAAAAAAAAGCAUUUCGGUGUCUGAAGGCCCAGUGCGUGGAGCCUGGACGUCCCGGCACGGACCGGCGAACCCUGGAACUGCACGCGUGCCGUGUGCGAUGGAAGUACCGCACGCCGUAGAACAGAUUCUCUGAGCGUUUCUCCUCCAUUCACACGUCCUGCGCGACAGGAUGUCUCUCUCUCUCUCUCUCUCUCUCUCUCUCUCCUUGUGGUUUUAAUGAAAACCUGCUUCCGUUCGUCCUGUCCGGACCGCUCGAGGGCUGACCCCAGACUGAGUGGCCCUACGGUCCGACAGGAGGGGCGUGGGGAAGGAGGAAGCGGGCACACUCCAGUGCAAUUUUGUGUUUUCUAUGAUUUGAUACGACUUUAGUUUAUGAAGGUAUACGUGAAGAAGGUGUAAAUAUAAUGGGAAACGGCUUUUACUUUGUCACAGAAAGUAUGAAUAUAAUUUGGGUAAAAAUAAUAAUGUGGAAAACGAAGAAUGCCUCAUUUCAGCGUUAGUAGUCUUAGUAUGAAAAAAAAGAGCUGGUCAUUGAUUGUUACUGUUUGGUCAAUAUAUAUAUACAUAUAUAUAAUAUAUAGACUAUUGGUAAUAUAUCUUUUAAAUGUUUACUGUCAAUAGUGACACUUGCUAAGUCAGUAGGAGAAUCAUUUAUUUUUAAUGGCAGUGGCUACUUACAGUUGUUCCAUGCUUUGAAAUUAUUUUAGAAAACAAUAGUCAAAUACCAUUUGUAGGUUGGUACAAUAGCACACAAACUGUAAAUAGCCUUCGGAGUGGUACUGUACCAGGAGUUAUAAUUUUAAUAAUUGUACAGAAUGCUCUGUAACGGUCACUCUGUCACGUUCCCUCGGUGGCUGCGGACCUCUGUGUCUCAUGUGUCCUGUACCUCUUAGCUCAUUGCAGAAAGCCAGACCUUAGAAUGUGGUCACAAAAUAAAUGUGUCUACCAGUGCCUUGUGGGGUGGGAUUGGACGGGGCGGGACGGACAGGGACACGGUCGAGGUCGCUUUCCUUAACCGCAGGUGCGCGGGGGCGGACGUGCCAUAUCCAGCCUUAGAGGAGCUUCCCGCGAUUUGAUCUGGGCUUCCGGUCCCGUCCGCGCUCCCGGCAGAUUUUUCACGGGUAACUCGCGCUCGGACCGCCGUGUGUCCUAGACCCGACUAGCGGGGGAGGGCGAUCCGGAUGAUGUAAAGAUCUGCGAAUUUGCGGCGCCCAUUCCGAAAAAAAGCGUCGUCGUCUGUCUCCCCCCUCGAGCUAAGUUACUGCCGCCACGGCCUCUCUCUUUUUUCUAUUCUAGUUUGUCGUCGUAUUUUGAGAAAGCGGGGAUUCGGGGAUAACCCCCGGUGUCCGUUUGUCACUGUCGUUUUCGUGUCUAUUUGAAUUUUAUACGUUGCACAUUCUCCUCCUAGUAUCACUCGUUGUUUUUAAAACUUGUUUAUGUAUAAUUUUAUGAACGAAAUUAUGUUUUGUUGACCGCAACAGUAAAGAGGGACCAUCCAUUUCACCUAAAUGUCAGACCCUCGUCUUUCCGCACGAUCUGUGUUUGUACGAUUAAAAAAAAAACAACAACUUCUGAGUUCACUGUUGCUUUUAACAUAUCCUCAAAUAAACGCUGGCGUCUGUGUGAUCAUCACGAUGGAUCCUGUUUGUCUUUUGAAUGGGUCGUCCACGUCUCUCAUCCAUUCUAACGUUAAUUCUGCCACAAGGUCUCAGCAGCCUGCUUUAUGUAAUAUUCAUGUUAAUAUGGUGGAUUGUACAGUACUUGUCAAGCACACUUAGACAAUGAGUCUGUAGAUUCAUUUUCAAUAAAUUCUAGUGAAAUAUA